AUGAACGACCAAAUAAGCAGAUCUGAAACAGACCGCCUACUACGAGGUGACCUAUCAGACAUUAAAGACCUUGCGGAUGAGGAGGACGAGGAAUUUGUAGAAGAAGACGAAUUCAACAGAAGAAUCGCAGAAUUUGAAGAUUUUAUUCAAAGCCAAGAAGUAGAUGUCGACGAGGUGGGUAAUGAUGCGCAUAAUAUGUUUGACGACCUGGAUCCUCCCGGUGGUCCUGACCAACCCUCUGAUGAACCGGACCAACAAUCUGAUGAACCGGACCAACCCUCUGAUGAACCGGGCCAACCCACUGAUGAACCGGACCAACCCUCUGAUGAACCGGGCCAACCCACUGAUGAACCGGACCAACCCUCUGAUGAACCGGACCAACCCUCUGAUGAACCGGACCAACCCUCUGAUGAACCGGACCAACCCUCUGAUGAACCGGACCAACCCUCUGAUGAACCGGACCAACCCUAUGAUGAACCGGACCAACCCACUGAAGGUCGAGAGCAGCCACCUGGACAGAACCGACUGAAGACUAUCCAGAUGAAAAUAGGCCGUUAUUGA